AUGUCGACAGGCGACCCCCGACAAUUUUACACCCUGACGACCGCCCAAGGACCUGAACCAAAAAUAGGGGGUAUUUCCUAUAUGGCCGGAGCUCAGGCGGCGACUGAUUACUGCUACCGGGCCCCGUCUCCACCCCAUAUCAGUGUACCACAACCGCAGGACGACUCGUUUUGUAUCCAGCUGGCCCCUUCUUUCCAAACCGCCGGUCGCGACGCUGAUGAGAACGCUAUCCUACAUACAAUCAUAUCCAGCUACGCCCUCCAAGAUCUUCACAUCCCGAUGCGCGAAUGGGAUUACCUGAUGCGCAGAAAGUCACAAUCGAUCCUUAGUUUCCUACAGCUCGGCCCCUCAAGCGCCACCCGCGACCUUGAGAACUUGCGGAAGGAUGGCGUCACUAUGCUGCUCGUCAUCCGCAACACUUCCAGCGCCCAGGCCCGCCUGCUAAGCGGUGACAAGUCCGCGCGCGCCCUCGGCAUUGAAUCCUGCGCCGUAGACGUAGCUAGCAACAGCGAGCUGAUCGCCGCGUUCCCCCGCGCCACCAAGAUCAUUAACGACCACCUCAUUGCGCGAUACCGCAUGCUAGCCGCCGACACGUACGGCGCAGUGCCGAUGCCGUGCGGCAAAGUCCUCGUCUUCUGCGAGUCGGGCAAUGAGCGCUCGGCGGCCUUUGUGGUGGCGUACAUCAUGGCUAUGCUCGGCUUGGACAUGGUAAAGGCGAUGCAAUACGUCCAGGCGCUGCGCUUCUGCACGGCGUUCGACGAUGGGCUGAAGAACUUGCUGCUGAGCUAUCAUGACAUCCUGGUGGCGCAGAGAUCAAUUUGGGAAGAUGGGGCGUUGUCUUUGCAGCAGGAUCAGCAGGUGACAUCGCGUUCGAAGAGGAGUCGUGAUGAGGUUGAGGAUAAGGAUGAGAAUCUUGAAAUGGGCCAGGUAGACGACAGAGCGCGGUUUGAGGGACGAAAACCGUUUGCUCCGUUCCAGUAG